UUCAUGCAUUUCAUUCUCAACACGCAGCUGACUGAUUUGAUCAUAAAUAAAAUUAUUCGUAAUUUCUAACCGUAUUAAUAAAAUCAAUAGAACUCCGUUGUCAAUUCUUCCGUACAUAUAAGAAGUCUAUUUUAUGAACGGAAAGCAGGAUAAAUUCAUUUGAAGUGGAAUGUAUUUCACCUGCGAAAUUCACAAUCUACAAUUUUCUAACCUACAAGAAGUCAAGGAACAUGACACGAUUUUACACAAAGAUGACGACACUGUUAUCAAACUUGAAUCCACAUUUCUCUACGGCACGUCCGACGAUGGAAAAAUUGCUCAGCAAGAAGAGGCUACAAAUAUCGACCUGUUUACAUGUCACAUUUGUGCGGAAACUUUCCCCACUCAGGAAACGGUAUUGACCCACUUGAUCUCACACCUUCCCCCCGACCACGACCGCACCAAUAUCUCCACAUUCGUAAUAAAGAAGGAACCAAAUUUCGAGGCGGAAACUUCCGACCUCAAUGAUUCCGAGUCAUCAAACUCCGUACCCACUCUGCCUCCCCCUCCCAAAAAGCCAAAGAAGCCAGCAAGACCCAAGAAAACGAAGAAAUCACGAAGGCGAACACACUACAAAGCCAUAAAUUCCCCCCACCGACCCGCCACGUACAACCAACUCUUACCCGAGGGGCGAAUCUCCUGCUACUUUUGCGGAUUUGCCCCUUAUUCUGGCCAACUCGUCCGCUUCGACCACCACAUGUACAAGCACACGUUGGAGGUUCCAUACCGCUGUGAUACUUGUGGGCGCAGCUUAUCCAGCCCUGAAGCACUUGAGAAACACAAAAAGCGUCACCAGGUUGGACGUGAAAUUCGAAAAUUUAUCUGUCGCCAGUGCAAAAGCUCAUUCCGCACGAAGGACACGCUCCGCAGUCACGUGGCGACGCAUACCACCCAUGCAGACGUGCAGUGUCCCCAGUGCGACAAGAAAUUCAAAGAUGAACGAAGAAUGGUGCGGCAUAUCAGAGCUGCUCAUACGGCUCGGGCUCUGAUCAAGUGUGUCGUUUCAAGCUGUAACGAACAGUUUAAAAGACGGGACAAAUAUAAGAGGCACUUGAAGAAGUUCCAUGAGGGGGUAGAGGUCCUUGAGGAAGGGAAAAGUCACUCUUGUCCGUUUUGUGACGAGGUCUUCAAAUUCCAGUGGCAAUUUGAGCGUCAUGCAGUGCAAAGUCAUCCCCACGAUGUGACCCAGCUCUUCACCUGUGAGCCUUGUGAUGCCGUUUUGGCUAAUUUUCAUCAAUUUAGGAAACACUGUAAAGCACUUGGACAUUUAAAGAAAGCGACAAAGACUGAGAAAAAAGGAAAGAAAAGAUUGCGAAAAUGAUCUAUAGAAUAUUUUCUUUAAUCCAGUGUUUAUGAGAUCUGUUUAUUUACAUAAAUAUAAUAGAAAUUUGUAUUCAAAUAAGCUUGCCAGAUUGUUUAAUAAUGUGGGAUUAAAAUAUUUAAAUCAAUAUUAUAUGUAAAAUUUGAAACCUGUACUUCUUCCAAAUCUGAGCAAAACUUAAUUUCUGAACGCAAAUUAAACAGACGAGAAAACGGGGGUUUUCGUAUGUACAACUCUGAUA